CAGAUAUGAAAUGUUAGACAGUUGAAAUUGACGAUGAUGACACUCUACUUGAAAAUCGAGAUGGAUCCAUUAUACAGCGUACCAAUUGCUGCUUACAACUCUAGUCGAACCGUAUUCAAAUGAUGCCCAAAUACAUAUCACUCAAAGAAAUGUAGAAAGCGAAGAUGAAGGUUCCCAGGCUGACUCUCUGGAUGAAUAGAUUGGAUAGGCCAUUCCCUCUCUUGUUAAUUCCAUUCUUGAGAUGAUGCUCAAAUAGCAACUCACAAUUCUCAUUAUCGUAAUCCUUCAUGCCAUUUUAAAUACAAUCUUUACAUUCUUGGGUGUUUGUUUUAGACAAGAUACAAUAAAUAAAUUGCAAGCCUUAUUGGAUUCCCAAGAGCGAGCCGAGUAACUCUAUUGGUUUCUAACAGUAAUUGACAUCGUUAGCUGCCUCAUCUUCUAUUAUUUGGCUAUAUCAGCCUAUAGAACUAAAUCCUAUUUGAUGUAUCAAUUAUUACUCAAAUGGGUUUAUUAUUGUUUCUUCAUCCAAGUUUUCUUGGCCUACAUCAACAAGUACAAUUAUCACAUUAUUAGAUUGAACAUUUUAUUGGUAUUUCUGAAGAUCCUGACAUACAUCUACUCAAAGUUUGUGGCCCAAUUAAUCAAAGGAAUUGUGAAUCUCCCUCGACAGAGAGCAGAUUGA